AUGGAGCCAAAUAUUUCAAAUUUAUCAAAGAAAUUAUGGAAAAUAGUGAAGGUGGCUAUCUUCAUGAUAAAGAAAGGUUUAUGCAUAAAGAAAUUACUCAUGGAUCUCAACUUGAUGAUGAAGCGCGGUAAGCUUGCUAGUAAAAACCUUGCAAACCUAAUGCUCCACCACCACCAUCACCACCACGACGAUGACUACAUCUCCAAAGUCGGGUUAGCUACACCCAACAACAACCCUAACGACGACACCACUUGUGUGUACGAGUUUAGUUGUAGUGACACCCCUUUAUACCGCCAUUACUUCACCAACAAGUUAAAGAAAAUCAAUCGUCACCAAAAUAAAAAUGUAAAAAAUCCCUUAUACAUGCCUUCUCCUUAUUAUCAAGAAGAUGGUGAAAAUGUUAACCUAGAGGAUGUUAGCAACAUGGUCGAUAUGAUGUUACACAAUGAACAAGUUUCGGUCCCUUCACCGGGUUUUACUAGUCGUCUAGGGUUUGGACGUAGCCCUAGGGUCCGGCAGCUAAGGGUAACGGAUUCACCGUUUCCGGUGCAUAAUUCGGAGGAGGACAAGCAUGUGGAUCAGGCUGCUGAGGCUUUUAUCACCAAGUUCUAUUCUCAGCUCAAGCAACAAAAAUACAAUUAA